CCUCUAUGACCUAUAGUUGCUAUGCUGAAGACUUUGAUUUUCAGCUGUAGACGGACAGGAAAUAAGCACAAAUGUGAGAGUAGAAAACUACUCGGAAAGAAAAGGCAUCUUCAUGGCUUGUUUUCUUAGAUCAUUGAAAAAGACCUUGUUGUAGUGUCCUGAGAAUUGGUCAACAUGCAAAGAAGUCAAGAGGCUCCAGGACAGUCAGGGUCCAAACAAGAGACCAGAGGAAUUACUGAGAUCAAGCUGGUGGUAAUAGGAGAUGGAGGUUGUGGGAAAACAUCCAUGCUUAUAGUCUUUGCAAAAGGAGAAUUCCCUAAGGUUUAUGUCCCAACAGUUUUUGAGAAAUACUUUGCACCCUUUCGCAUCAGUGACAAGCAAGUCCAUAUCAGUCUUUGGGACACAGCAG